CAAACACUCUCACCAGACACCUUCGCUUCCACAUUCGACCGAGCGACCAAGUUUGAACCAGCGAGUGAGCACGAGGCUACGAAUACGCAUACGCAUACGAUGUCACAACCUUACAGACAGGACAUGCCCCCCUCGGGCGGGUUCGAAGCCCUGAAAUACAAACGCAACCUGCCCUUCCGCGGCCCGAGCGGGGUGAUGAUGUUGCUCGGCGUGACGGCCGUGAGCGCGUUUGGGUUUUGGAGGUUGGGGAAGGGGAAUCUUGAGCGGAGGGAAUUGGAACGGGAGAAGGUGUGGUCGAGGAUCCACCUCGUUCCGCUGCUGCUCGCGGAGGGGGACAGGGACGCGUACCGGAGGCAGGAGGCGGCGAAGGCGCGGGAGGGGGAGAUCAUGAAGGACGUGAAGGACUGGGAGGCUGGGAAGAGUGUGUACAACAAGGCUCAGUACCAGCAGUCGGAAUACGUGGUCGUGCUGUGAUUGGGAGGGGGUCUGAAAAUAGAUGUGCAUUGUCCGCGUCAUUAUCGUAGAGCAGUGUGAGAAAGCGCUGUGUGCCUGCAGCUGUGCUUGGACGAGUGUGGGUACGGAGAAGAGGCCGGUUGGGUGAGCACAAUGGAAGCCGGGGUGGGGGGCAGCAGAUGCCAUAUUGGGAAUGUUCAGGGCCGGUCAUCUACGCGCCGGCGUUGCAGAAGUCGGAGGAAUCGGGGACGAAGAGGGAAAGGGAUUGGGGGGUCGGACCGUGCCAGAUCCAGGGCGAUAUUCCGCAUUGGGAAGGGCGACGAUUGCGAGAGCGUGGCUGAUGAGCCGGGCAGAUGGCACAGCAGCUGCUUCGCCCGGGCUUCGUCCUUGACUCGUCCUCAUCCUCUCCCCGACGAUGCGACCACUCCGUACCGCCC